AUGUCCAAGUUCCUUGAACUAGAAAUUCUGUUCACAGCAGAAAAGUUCUCCCAGAUCAACGGUGACUUGGAGUAUGACUUGAACGUUGUCCUCUACCGUCUUGGAGGAGCAUUCUACAAGGGCUGGUCGCAUGUACGAUACCGGUCCAAGGAGGAAGUCAAGUUUGCAGACAUCUUUGACAGUGUCUUGAUACCAGAAGCCCAUCUAAGUUGUGCUUUCCCAAAGCAUUACACCCGUGCUCCUGAUCCGCUUCCACCAAACUGUUAUGUCAAAGAAGCUGCUAUGCUGCGUUAUGACCCAACUAAGCCCACAGCUCUGGGGGAUGCGAUCCUCAAGGAGGCAACCAUCUACGAAAAACUCAUGCGUCAUCCCCACCCAAACAUCAGCAAAUAUCAUGGGUGUCAAGUCAAGAAUGGCCGUAUUACAGGCCUCUGUUUUGACAGGUACCAUGAAUCUUUGAUGUCAAGAGUCAAUCCUGGAUCUCAUGGCAAACGAUGGUUUGACGCUACUCAACGACCUCUAAAAGAUAUGCAUUCAUGCAUGGAAGGAAUCAGAAGCGGUCUUGAACACCUACACUCUCUAGGACUGGUUCACAAUGACCUCAAUCCAAGCAACGUCAUGUUCCCUGCCGCGGACGAUGAGACACCAAUCAUCAUUGAUUUUGCUUCAUGUACACCUAUUGGUGGUUCACUUGAAAACGUCGGCAAGACUGUUGAGUGGUCCGAUGAGAAGGUACUCACAUCACUUCCCAGCAAUGACAAUGACGCGCUCGAAGAAAUCACGGAAUGGCUAAGAAAUGGGAAGAACUUCAAAUUUGAGAUGUCGUGCUAG